AUGACUGGGGAAACUGACUCUUUGCUGGAUUUGAAGCCAGCAAUCUCUCCAACCUACUUCAACGAUCCAAGUACUGCCUCCGCCGGUGUGAUUGCAAACGAACUUGCUCAUGAUCGCGAUUUUGUUGAGACAACAUACGGUGCCAUUGACGAAGAUCUUGAAUCGCAGGAGGACAUAGACGAUUCGGACGGAUUUGCCGUCAGCAAAGACAAACUGUUUUAUAUCUGCUGCUCAGUGUAUCUGGGCUCCUAUCUUUCAGCAUUGGAUGCCACUGUGGUUACAACAUUGUUACCUGUGAUAUCUUCUGAUCUGGGCGCUCUUGAAAAAAGUUCGUGGAUCGCCACUUCCUAUCUAUUAUCGUGUGCAACUUUUCAACCACUGUUUGGAAAGUUGUCCGACAUCUUUGGCAGAAAGCCCAUGAUUUUGCUCUGCGACACUUGUUUUGUUGUUGGUUGCUACAUGUGUGCCACCUCCACUUCGCUUAUUCCGCUUGUUCUAGGUAGAUUUAUCACCGGUAUUGGUGGAGGAGGAAUCUCCACGCUGAGUACCAUCACCAUGUCCGACCUGAUUUCGCUGAGAAAGAGAGGUUUGUUCCAGGGAGUUGCCAACGUGUUCUACGGUCUGGGUGCUGCUUCGGGAGGUGUGAUUGGUGGUUUGGUUGCGGACCACUGGGGCUGGAGAUAUGUGUUUUAUCUGCAGAUCCCACUGGCAUUUGCGAGUGCUGCCAUGAUCUACAUCCACUUGGAGCUUCCAGAGGGUUCAGCAGGUCUCGGUGUUCAGGGCUCGGGUAUCUGGGGAAAACUCAAGCAGAUCGACUACUUGGGUAGUGUUCUGUUGGUUUCCGGUUUGACCGGAAUAAUGUGUGCGGCUGCGUUUGGUGGUCACGAGAUUCCUUUCCAGAGCCCUGUCUUUGUAGCUUUGUGUGUGAUCUCUGGGGCUCUGCUUAUUGGGUUUGGCUUGGUCGAGGCCUACGUUUCGCCUGAACCAGUUAUCCCCGUGAGACUACUGGGUAUCAGGACUGUGCUCACGUCGUCCCUGGCCAACUGGUUUGGAACAAUGGGACUCUUUUCGGUCAUGUACUAUGUUCCUCUCUGGUUCUCCACGGUUCUGGGUCUCUCUGCCACCGAGAACGGUCUGAGGACGGUGCCGAACUGUAUCAUCACCGCUGGUGCUUCUGUCGGAGCAGGUAUGUACAUGAGAAUGACAGGCAAGUAUCUCGCGAUGGCCAGAAUCACUGGUCUAUUGCUGGUGAUCGGGGCUGUCCAAUUGUGGUUCCUGAAGCCUAACGUAAGCACCUGGAGACAGUACAUCAUACUGAGUGUCCCAGGUGCUGGUUACUCCAUGAUGCUGACAGUCACGUUGCUGGCUCUGAUUGCUUCUGUCGACGUCAAACACCAGGCCUCUACCACCUCCAUUCAGUACUGUUUCCGGUCCACCGGGUCUACCCUCGGUGUCACGGUUGCCAGUGCACUUUUCCAGCACACUCUGGGAGCAAAGGUCAAGAGCCUGGUUGCGGCUGCGGCACCAGAUGCGCUUGCUGGUGCCGAGGUGGUGAAGAGGGCCUUGGAAAGCCCUGACUACUUGAAAGUGGCUCCAGAAUGGGCCAAAGCUCCGUUGCUAGAGAGCUAUGACGCCGCAGGCCACUCCGUCUUCUACUUCAGUGCGGUGAUCUUGGUCCUCGGUUAUUUGUGUGUGUUUUUCAUGCAGGAAUCCAAGUUGCACAAUAGUGUCAAGAGAACUUAG